GUUGCCUGUUCAGCAACUACCGAGGGGAACAUUCUGAUAUAUGCAGCUAUAUUUGGAAAGUCUCGGACUCGGACAUCUGAGCAUCGUAUCCGAAAACAUUGGUAAACUAAGUGCGCUAUCAUGGCCGUGAACAUUCCCGGGCUCAUCUCCGUCAUCGUGUUUUACAUCCUCAUCCUCGUCAUCGGAAUCAUCGCCGCCAGGAAAAGCAGAAAUAACAGUGCUGAAGACUCAUUCGUGGCCAAUAGAAGCAUGGGACUAUGGCUGACGUUCUUUACCCUGUCAGCUACCAACAUCGGGGGAGGCUACAUCAAUGGUACAGCGGAAGCCAUGGCAUUCAGCGGCCUCAUCUGGACCAACGCUCCUAUACUGUAUUGUGUAUCAUUUGUCAUUGCUGCAGUUUUCUACGCGCCUAAAAUGAGGAGAGGAGGAUAUAUCACCAUGUUCGACCCCAUCCAGGCAAAGUUGGGAGAUCGUGCCGGAAGUCUUCUCUUCUUCCCCCAGCUGAUGGGAGAUGUCUUCUGGACAGCCGCCAUCUUGUCUGCUCUGGGGUCCACCAUGUCCCUUAUCCUGGAUCUGGAUCCCGUCUUGUCCGUCAUCGUUUCCACCUGUGUGGCCGUGUUCUACACCUUCAUCGGAGGACUGUACUCUGUGGCCUACACUGAUGUCAUCCAGCUCAUUUGUCUUUGCGUGGGACUGAUUGUGUCAUUUCCGUUUGCCUUCUUCCACCCAUCUGUUGACCUCUCCCGCAUCAAGGACACGUGGUUGGGUGAGCUGCCCACAAACCAGAUUGGUGUAUAUGCAGAUGUGUCUUGUCAGGUGGUCUUUGGGGGUUUAUCGUGGCAGGCUUUCUACCAGAGAGUGUUGGCUUCCAAGACACCCAGUGUUGCUCGCACAAGUUCGCUUCUAGCAGCAUUGUGUAGUUUACUUCUUUCCAUUCCCCCAGCAGCCAUUGGAGUAGUUGGGGCAGCCGUAGACUGGAAUGCCACAUCCUACACAGGCGAUAUCCCAAUACCUCCUGAAUACCACAGUUUUAUCCUUCCCAUGGUGCUCAACUACCUGUGUCCACUUCCGGUUGGAGUGUUGGGACUUGGUGUGGUGGCUGCUGCUGUUAUGUCAUCUGCCGAUUCCGCUGUCCUCUCAAGUGGAACCAUCUUUGCUAAGAAUAUCUACAAAGAUGUCAUACGUCCACAGGCCAGCGACCGAGAAGUGAUGUGGGUGAUGAGAGGUGGCAUUCUCGUGACUGGUACGUUGUCGUGCGUCCUUGCCAUCCUGGUGAAGUCAGUUUAUGGACUGUUCUACUUGUGUUCCGACCUUAUGUACGUCAUCCUCUUCCCCCAACUCACCUGCAUUCUCUGGAUCGGGUUCACCAACACCUACGGCGCGCUCACCGGUUACGCCCUCAGCCUCUUCCUGAGAGUGGCUGCUGGGGACACCCUUCUGGGAAUACCAGCUCUUAUUCAUUUCCCUUGGUACACAGAAACUGAUGGCCAAUUGUUCCCAAUCAGGACCCUGAUGAUGAUAGUCAACUUCGUGGCCAUCAUAUUUGUGUCAGCGUUCACUAGGCUUGUGUUCCGACGAGGAUGGCUGUCAACCAGAUGUGAUGUGUUUAAUGUGAUGAAGAGAGAAGAGGACUCCAAGAGGCCUAAAGGGCUAGGAGAAAGUCUGAUGAUGAAGGAACAAGAUGAUGGAAACAGAGACCUAGAUUACGAACAUAAUGAAAAGAUCAGACCUAAGGAAUACCUUUUGCAAUGACACUAAAUAAUUAAGUUUUAUGAUAUAAAUUAUGCACAAAAUUUAAACCUUUGGGAUCUCUGUUUUCCACAAUUCGAUAUAGACAUCCUAUCAAUUAAUUCAGUACUUCAUUUUCAAUUGUUUUCACUUAAUGCACAUGUCGGAGACCACAUAAAUAAAAGAGUGAGUGAGUAAAUAUUGCUCUAAGCCGCAUCAGCUAUUGCAGCUAUUCACGGCUAGAAAUUUAUACAAAAGAGCAUCGACUAAAAGUGGUGACAAAGGGCACUAAACCUUCAGUUCACUAUCGCAGUAAUCGGUACAAACUGACAUUCAAAACUUAAAACCUACAUCUUCUCAUACAGUUUAAUUCCCUUCAAAUCGGCUUAAAUUAAGUGGUUAGAAACAGUAGUGAUAUAGAUAUUCAUAUAUAGUUUGAUGAAUCCACACAUUCCAAUAAAAGAUUCUUGACAGUCAGAGGACUAUGAGAAGGAAUACAUCUCUCUUCAAUAAAAAAGAAUGAGUAUAAUGAUAGUGUCCAAUGCGACACCUUCGGAUCACAACUUCAUCCUGGCAACUUAAAUCAAUAAAGGUACAGCUACAUGUACAUUGUUCCUCUAUUUGAUGUAUAUAGCUACAAUGUACAUAUAUAUAGUUCCUCUGUCUGGUGUAUACAGCCACAUGAACAUUGUUCCUCUGUUUGAUGUUAACAGCUACAAUAUACAUCGUUCACUGUCUGGUGUAUAUAGCUACAAUGUACCUGUAUAUAGUUCCUCUGUCUGGUGUAUACAGCUACAUGUACAUUGUUCCUCUGUUUGAUGUUAACAGCUACAAUGUACAUAGUUUCCUGUCUGGUGUAUACAGAUACAAUGUACAUAGUUCCCUGUCUGAUGUAUACAUGUGCAAUCUACAUAGUCCCUCUGUCUGGUGUAUACAGCAACAAUAUACAUAGUUCCCUGUCUUGUGCAUGCAGCUAUGAUAUAUUUAGUUCCCUGUCUGAUGUAUACAGCUACAAUAUACAUAGUUCCCCUGUCUGGUUUAUACAGUUACAAUGUACAUGUAUAUAGUUCCUCUGUCUGAUGUAUACAGCUACAAUGUACAUAGUUCCCUGUCUGGUGUAUACAGUUAGAAUGUACAUUGUUCCCCUGUGUGAUGUAUACAGUUACAAUGUACAUUGUUCCCCUAUCGUGUGUAUACAGAUAUAAGGUAUAUAGUUCCCCUGUCUGGUGCAUACAGCUUCCAUAUACAUAGUUCCCUGUCUGAUUUAUAUAGCUGCAAUACACAUACUCUACAUUUACAGUAAUUUAAAACAUUGAACAGCUGGAUAGAAACUGUUUUAUCAGUGUCAACGACUCAACGUUACAAUAAAGUCUCACCGAAUAAUAAUAAUAAUAAUAAUAAUAAUAAUAAUAAUAAUAAUCUUGUCAACAUGAUUCUGAUUCCCUAAUAAGAGUGUGUAGAGUUUACUUUUUGAGCAUCUGCAUAAGGGACAAUUAGACACAAUCUCGUGGCUCGACUGUCACGGCUAAAACUAAUUUUAGCCGCUGUCUUAGCGGUAUCCUCCCAUGUGUUCCCUCUUUGCCAAUGGGGUGUUCUCAUCCAGUUCAAAAUUGAAAUUCAGGUCCCGGAUUGGGGCUGGGGGAUUAUAGUCUGUUCCUACACUGUGUUAUCCUAUAUCUCACAGUCUAUAGUCUUGAACUGUAAGGUGAGUCUAUAUCUUUGAUUUUGAUAGUGUCGUCUUGUAAAUAAAGUUCACUUUAUUCUGAUAUUUUGUCAGUACAGUUCACUUUUAUUCAAUAAAUUGAGUACUUAUCAAUAAUUAAUGGGAAUUAAGUAUGGUUAUAAAAGUCAUUAGUCAAAACGGUUAAUGCUAAUGUACGUGUCGAGUUUGUACCAACUUCCACUGGAGGUCGAAUGCCUGUUCAUGCUGGUCAUCAGUACACCAAGAAGAAAAAACACACUGGCUGGCCCUGUACAUGGCAUAGACGGGAUUGUCCAUCUACAUUAAAUACCUAAAAAUGACAUUCCUGUGAAGUUUGUAAGACUACAAAACCACCAAUCAGACCUACGGAUCUUUUCGACGCCUGAAGAAACGGAAUCGGGAAAAGGGCCAAGCCCAUUCCAACAAUUUAUAGGGAAGAAAUUGCAGGUAAGAAUAGUACUCUGCAAUCCAAUUAUGUGUACAAUGGAAAUACUUCUCAAGUGUAUCUGUUAUGAAUCCAUCACUAAUUUGCAACAUUCUGACUUUUACUUUUGCUUGUAAAGGUUUGCGGACUGAGGAGUGGACAGAUGAUUCCAGUGAACUGAUGUCCAAGAGUCCACCUCUGAAUUUUCUCCCAGUCGACAUUAUACCGUGAACGACUGGAGCUGCUACGACCACUCCCCACCAGUCGUGUAACACAAUCAUUGAGGGUGCUUGUUCAUUAAAUGACAUUAAAGCUAUCAUAACAUUUACAAUGUGUUCAUGUUACCAUAACAAUGAAAUAAUAAUAUAAUUUCAAAAUAUGCCUUUGUAUUAUAUUAUAUUACAUCUUCAUGCCAAUUAAUCUCAGUUAUGUCUUGGCAAACAUAGUUCUGGCAGACGGUCACCUCAUGGACAUUACCUGAAACAGACCACAGCCAACCAGGCUUUAGAAAUGUCAAUUCACCGCUUGGUUACGCACCGCUUACUUUGACCGAUUUUGAGCUGGCUGAGAUGUAUUUCUGAUUGAUCAACCACAAUUUGAAUGAAAUUGUGCAAUCGCAGGUAAUGUAAGCUCAAGGUAAACAAUGGUGGGGUAAGAAAUUUCAUUUUCAAAAGUUGUCUGAAAUGU